AAAAUCACAUGACGAAGAAUAAGCUGGAUCCGUUGGUCCUAACCUGCAGUCGCGCUGCUGGUAGAAAUUGAAGCGGUUCUUCCACACUCAUCAGAUGAUCUCCACUCCCAAUUUUGUGGGUUUUUGAAUCUGUAAUCAAAGCGAACAAAAAGGAGCUGAUCGAUGGCCACGGUUGAUGUGAUCAAAUGCUGCCAUGAUUCCAUCCGACAAGCAUCGGAGAAUAUUAAAGAUGCAAUUGUGUAUUUGGAUGCCGGAACUGCUGAGAGCUUCCAGUUCCUCGGCGCGUUCCCCUUGCUUUUGGAGCUAGGGGCACGGGCCGUUUGUAGCUUGGAGAACAUGUCCGUUGUUGAUAAGGCUGUUGAUUCGAAUACCGGUUCUGAUCCUGCCAGUAAAAUUUUGGUCAUCACGUCAUGUCUUCUGAGUGAUGCACAUCGCUAUAUUUUACGUUGCUUGAGCGCACUUGAAAACGUUCAUGGCUGUGCAGUAUAUACGUCCAUCUCAGAGGUGUCUCACCCAGCAUAUCCUGAUUCUCCUCUCGGCCCAGACGCUUUUCGAGAGUAUGAAAUUCUCCUCAACCAAGAUUAUGAGGAGCUUGUUAAGAAACAUGAAAGACCUCACACUGUUGUCAACGACAGUGGGCUUAAGGAAGGUUCUGCAUCUGAAGAGGAAGGGUGGGCGGAACUAACUGACGUCGAUGAUGACAGUUCCAGAGAUUAUGGCAUUUCAAAUGCAAAACAUCGAGGGGAAGAUUACUUCAGUGGCUCAGAAGACGUUGGACAAAAAUUGGUGGUCUCGGUGCACCACUUUCCUCUGAUUUUGUGUCCGUUGUCACCCAGAGUCUUUGUCUUACCUUCAGAAGGAUCUACUGCUGAAGCUAGCUUAUCUUCUGAGCACGAGAGCUCGAUAAGCUCUGGUUUACCUCCAUUAAGUACAGGGAAACUUGCUGACGCUGAGGAUGUCAGUCCUGGGGCAAAUCUUACUGCUCAAUUUCUCUAUCAUUUGGCUUUAAAGAUGGAUCUGAAACUUGAAAUAUUUUCGCUGGGUGAUUUGUCAAAAAAUGUAGGGAAGCUUAUGACCGAUAUGUCUAGUCUCUAUGAUGUUGGUCGGCGUAAAAGAUCAGCAGGGCUACUGCUCAUUGACCGCACACUCGAUCUUCUUACUCCGUGCUGUCAUGGAGACUCACUUGUGGAUCGGAUGUUUGCAUCUCUGCCUCGUAUGCAACCAGCGUCAUCCUUAAGCCUGUUGAGAGGUUCCCAAAGCCAGCUCAAAAUUAGCCCCCACAAAGUUGAGCGUGCUCGUCUUACUGUGCAGAUUCCACUUGACAAAUAUAUUGUUCAAGAAGACAAAGAAAGUAAUUUUCAGCUAUUGGAAAAUAUCGAAGCAUUUUUGAAUGGGUGGGAUGCUUUCAAAUCAGAUGCUCCGAGUGCUGACUUCAUGAAGUUCAGAAAAAAUCUGAAUGAUGAAAGCUGCUUUCAACUUAAUGAGAGUAAGCUUCUGCACGGGUCGUUUGUCUCUACUGAUAACUUCCGUGGUGCACCGUAUCUAGAAGCGAUACUUGACAGGAGGACGAAAGAUGGGGCCAUGCUGGUCAAGAAAUGGCUUCAAGAAUGUCUACGUCAGGAGAGUCCAACGCCUAAUUUAAAGACCCGUCCUGGUUUAGCUUCUAAGUCGGAGUUGCAGUCUAUGCUUCGAUCACUGGCCAAAAGGCAGUCCUCGUUGGUGAAAAACAAAGGGAUUAUUCAGUUAGCAGCUGCCACGGUGCAUGCUUUAGAUGAAUCGCACUCUGCAAGUUGGGACGCGUUCAAUAGUGCGGAGAAGAUUUUGCACGUGAAUGCUGCGGACACGAGUCAAAGCCUUGCUGCACAAAUCAGCGACCUCAUAAAUAAGACUAUUCUAGCGGCAUCUCGGGGGCAAAAGCACAAUAAAUCACAGGGCUUAUUCUCACUCGAAGACGCACUGCUCCUAACAGUGAUUGGGUAUAUAUUAGCCGGUGAGAAUUUCCCAACCUCAGGCUCUGGUGGUCCAUUUACAUGGCAAGAGGAGCAUUUCAUGAAAGAAGCCAUCGUGGAUGCCAUUCUCGAGAACCCCACCGGGUCAAGACUAAAGCUUUUCCAAGGAUUGUUGGAUGAUCUUGAAGCCAAAACAAAAUCUAAUAAGAAGAAUGAAGAUCCCAGUGGCCACUCGGAUGGUUUUGAGCUAGACGACGAUCAGUGGGAUAGUUGGGGAGAUGACGACGCUGAUAAAGACACGAGCAAAGAUGAAGCGUACAGUGACAUGCAGCUGAAGCUAGAACUUCGAGACAGGGUGGAUAAUCUUUUCAAGUUUCUUCACAAAUUGUCCGGCAUGAAAGGAAAUUCAGCACUGAGGGAAGGGAUGUCUGCUCUGGAAAGCAGACGCAACGACGAUCCUUCUUCAACUAAGGGGUUGCUCUAUAAAAUCCUCACAAAUGUCUUAGACCACAAUCCCAUACCUGGGAUGGAGUAUCAUUCAUCCACCGUGGGACGCCUUUUUAAAAGUGGAUUCGGAAGAUUUGGCAUCGGACAGGCUAAACCUAGUCUUUCGGAUCAUAACAUUAUCCUGGUUUUUGUAAUCGGAGGCAUAAACGCAGUAGAGGUGAGGGAAGUGCAGGAGGCGAUAGCGCGGAGCAGCAGGCCAGACGUUGAGGUGUUAUUGGGCGGAACGACUCUUCUUACCCCGGAUGACAUGCGUGAAUUACUCUUUGGUGACUAUUCUCAUAUCUAAUGGCAACUUGUACAAUCAAUUUUGCUGUGGCAAAUGCAGAUUUAUAGUGAAAAGUGGAGUAUUUCAUUUUGUAGCACAGAUGCAUCAACUAUUGUAAAAAAGUGUAAAAUGUUAGUACUACAAGUGUAAUUGUAAACAGACCGACUGUGUAAUAGAUUUUCAACUUGAUACUUA